GACACACACACACGCUCACACAAACGUCUCCUGUAUAUAUAAAUAUAAAGAGAAACUCGUCUUCUCUGGAAAUUCAGUUUACUUUUUCCUCAACAAAAUGGAACAUCGACCCUCUAGAAGAAGCAUGGCCGACGCCGUGUUCCCUACACAGGCAACCGCCCAAACUCGCUACAUCAGCCUGUUCGGCACGAGAACGCGAUUCGUGAUUAUGGUGCUGAUCUUGUUGUGUUUGACGAGUAUUUGGUCCAAUAUUCUCGCCUUCAACUUUGCAGUGGUAUGUAUGGAUGAUGAUGAUUCAGAGAUGGGUGCAUCGCUCAACGGUACCGCACGAAAAACGCACUUUACAAGCACGCAAAAUUCGCUGGCGAUGGCGAUCGUGGCGAUCGCCGCGUUGCUGGGCAACUUCCCGAUUGUACAACUCGUCGGAAUGGUCGGCAUUCGGACGGUGUUCGCCGGUCUUGGAAUUCUGUCGGCUGUGUCGACUCUUUUGAUUCCAUUGUCCAUUCGGAUGGGCUUCUACUACUUCCUGGCAGUCCGCUUCCUUCAGGGAUUCGCAUUCGCCGCCAACUUCCCAGUCAUUGGCUCGUUCUGUGCCAAAUGGUCAUAUUUCAAGCAAAACGGGCUCUUCGUCUCCUCACUGGUCGCCUACGUUCAACUAUCUCCAGCCAUCACUAUGCCAGCCUCCGGUGCUCUUUGCUCGGCGUUCAAAUGGCCAUCAAUCUUCUAUGCUCACGGAGCCGUCUCUCUCCUUCUCUUCGUUACGUACGCUCUCUUCUACCGUAACUCCCCACAAAAACAUCCAUUCGUGGGAAAUGUCGAGUUGAAGAAGAUCUCGAUCGGAAAGAUUGCCGCUGUUGACAAGCGAGCUCUCAAAAAAGUCCCAUACGGGCCUAUCCUCAAGACCCCUGCCAUCUGGGCCGUCUGGGUGGCCGCCAUCGGAAACUUCACCUGCGUCAACAUGAUGUUCCUCUUCUCCCCAAUCUAUCUCUCCAAGGUGCUUGGAUUCCCAGUUCACAGCACCGGAAUCACCGCCGCCAUCCCUCCAUUCCUUCAAUUCUCCUCCAAGCUCAUCUGCGGAGCUGCCUCCGAUCGCUUGACCUGCCUCUCGGAAGGUGUCAAAUUCAGACUGUUCAACACAUUGGCUUUUGUCGGAUCCGCUGGCUUCCUUUGCGUCCUUGCAUUCAUGGGAGAUGAGCACAAGCGAAAUAAUAUGAUUGUCCUGGGAUGCGCCGCUGCAAUGCUCGGAGCCACCACAGGAGGAUUCUUCAAAGCAGGACCAGUGCUUUCCAAGCAGUACAGUCACUUUGUCACCGGAAAUAUAUCCCUCGGAAUUACGAUUACUAUGCUCAUUGUUCCAUUCUUUGUGAAUGCUUUGACUCCAAACAAUACCCAGGAAGAAUGGAAAUAUGUUUUCUUAAUUACCGGAGCAGUGAUGGUUAUCACCAACAUCUUCUUUGUCAUUUUCGUCCGAGGUGACCCUUGCGAGUGGACUUCCGAUAGCUUCCACCGAGCUAGCUCCGUCGCUGACUUCGAGCAACACCACAUCAGAAACACCGGAAUCUCCACGAUUUCUCACAACGUUGAAGACGUUCCGGAGAAGUUGUAGAUGGAAAAUUUCACCUAAAAAAAACUUGUACAAAUCUUUGCUAAUAAUCAAGAAUUACUAGAUUGCUCUGUUGUAUAGGGCAAAAUUAUAGUAACUUUAUCUGAAAAGUCAAUUUCAGUUCUUUAUCCUCCUCUCUCAUGUUGUUGAUCUCUUACGUUUUUGUUGUUUUUUGUUUUAUUCUUUUUCGCUUUUUCAUUUUUGAAAAUCGGUGCAUAAAAUUGAGAAUUGUAAAAUGUAAUAAACAAAUUUUCAAA